AUGUCAGAAGAAGAGGCAGCAGCACAGGAUGUGGACGUGUUUACAUCAAGUUUCUCUUCCGUUCAGCAGAAAGAACUGGCGAAGAAACUCACUACUUUUGUGUCUCAGUACAGCUACUUGACCGACUCCUUUAUUAUUGAGUUCUUCUCUGAAAAUUUGUGGCACACGUUACCCAGAACCUGGCAGACUGUGCUGCAGGACCUUUCAUAUCCACAGAUUGCUGACCUUUUACUGGAUGCUUCUCAUAAUGACAGAAGGUAUCCUGCAGUUUGGCCCUUGUCUCUUUUGGCCUUCCGUGCUACUGCUCAUGCCCUGGCCUUUCCCAGAGAGUCCAGCCGUGACCGAGGCAGGGUGUCUGGUUCGGUGAAGCCCGAGGAGUUCAUGGAAAACCAGUGUCAGAGCUCCCUGCUGGGGCACAUAUUCAGAAAACAUGUUAAACCCAAGAAACAGCAUGAGAUCCGAAAGCUUGGCAUGCUGGUUAAACAACUUUGUGAUCAGACGGGCUGCAGGAGAGUGGUGGAUGUGGGCUCUGGGCAGGGUCAUUUAACUCGCUUCUUGUCCUUUGGGCUUGGACUGUCUGUGACUGCUAUUGAGGCUGAUCGCACCCUAGUUUCCAUGGCUUACAGAUAUGAUAAUGAGUUACAGUGGGUCCUGCAGAAGGAAAAGCAGAAAAAGAACUGCUCUUUCCAACUUCCUGAAACGCUGCCCAUUCCACACCAUGUGGCUGGUUGGGUGAACCCCAAGGCUUCAUGGGAGAAUUUUAUCAAACAGCUAAAAUCUGCGGGUCAUGUCAGUGAUGGAUCUCCAACUCCACCAGGCCCCAGCAAAAAGAGACUGCGAGGCUGUGACCACCUCAAAUGUUCUGAUGUCAUGCAGACUUCACACUGUCCUGGCUCCACUGACCCUGACGGCCUCUCACAAGACUUGAACAAGAAUAAAAAGGAGCUGUCUGAGGGGAACUGUUGCUCAGGUAACCAUCCUGUUUUUGAAAAAGCUGCUGGCCAAGGGGAAAACGGCCUGCAAGACUCUCAGGACUUUGUGUUGACUGGUCUGCAUGCCUGUGGUGACCUCAGCGCCACCCUCCUUCGCCACUUUGUCAGCUGCCCACAUGUUCGUGGCAUCACCUCUGUGGCUUGUUGCUACAUGAAAAUUACAACCAAAGAGAAUCCCACCCCUCCGGGGCUCGUCACACCACCUUCCUCACUCACACCGGGCUCUGAAUCGGUUCUCUCUGACUUUGGCUACCCGAUGAGCUCCUGGGUGCGGGGGUUGCCCGGACAUCAGCUGUCCUAUAAGGCCCGGGAGGGGGCCUGUCAUGCUGUGGAGGACUAUGUGCGAAGGCUACGGGAGGGAAGCGCGUUGCUCAGGACGCACUGUUACCGAGCGAUUCUAGAGACGUUCAUGAGGGAAACGAGACCAGAGCUACGCAGAGCGGGAAUCCAGACAAUAAAGAAAGCCCACUUAUUACCUUUUACAGAAUAUGCCCGUCUGGGUUUGGCUCGGGUCGGCCUGCCUCCUGACUUACCCCUGGACCCGGAGCGUGUGGAGGCCAUGCUGAAGCAUCAAAGCAGGGUGGUGGUGUACUUCAGCUUGACCCAGCUGUUGGCUCCUGUGGUGGAGACGCUGGUGCUGCUUGACAGGAUGAUCUACCUGCAGGAAAAUGAUGUGGACAGCCAGCUUGUUCCUCUCUUCAACCCAAAUUUUUCUCCUAGAAACUUGGUGCUGGUAGCUCUGAAGCCCUCAAGAUGAAGGACGAAAAUAAAUAAAUUGCAUCCCCACCCCCAUCUUUGUUUUUAACUUUGUAGAAAC